UUAUAAAUAAAUUUAAAAAUUGGAUCCAGCUACGUUAUGGAUAUUGCAUUCGAUCACUACGUGACCUCCUCUUAAGUCUUAAUACACAUAUUUUUGCAUGUAUAAAUAAGGAAGAAGCUUAUCUCUCUACUUAAUCACAUUUGAUUAAAAACUAAACUAACCAAAAAAAUGUCUAAUUUUCUAAGGAAGAAGCUUCACCUUUGCUUCUCCUCCUCCGGUGUUCUCUCACCGGCAAUUCCUUCUUCUCCGAUCAUCGUAUCCAAUCACAACCGCCCAUCUCAUCAUCACACUCCAUCACUCUUCAUUAACAACUUCAAUUCCCUCUACGAUCACCUCUCUGUUUCCUCACCCCUCCACCGCCGCCACAGUUCUGAUAACCCCGCCGGAAUCUUCUCCACUAACCGCCGCGACGAAGAAGAAGACGAGACCUCCGCAGCCGUGUCAAAGCUUUUAAGCAGCGGAACGGCGAUUAUGAAGCACAUAGAGUCACCGGAUCCGUACAGAGAUUUUGGAAGAUCAAUGAGAGAAAUGGUGGAAGCAAGAGAUUUAACGAGAGACGUCGUCGCCGAUAGAGAAUACUUACACGAAUUGUUAUUCUGUUAUCUCUCGUUGAAUCCGAAACACACUCACAAAUUCAUCGUCUCUGCUUUCGCCGAUACACUCCUCUGGUUACUUUCUCCGUCGUCGUCGCCGGAGCACUUUUUAUCCUAAUGGCAUUUUUAUUCUAAUUUAAAUUCUUCUCAAUUAUAUAUUUGGGCCUGUGGGCUUUAAAAGGCC